GUGGGUGCGCGCCGACACCUGAGCUCACGCCGGGGCCCCGCAGCUCCCCAGGCCGCUAGCCCGCUGUGACUGCCCCGCUCCGCCCGGGGCGCCGGUCGCCGCCCCCGUUCCGUUGGGUCCUCCCAGCCGAGCCAGUGUGUUGGUCUGAGCAGGAGAAUCUAGGACCACGCCCCCUGCCCAUUUCCCUCAUGACUUCACCUUAUUCACCUUUUCUGCCUGCUUCCAGUGUUUCCAGGAGCACUGAAAAAUGAGUGAGACUCCAGGGAUGGUGUCCUUUGAGGAUGUGUCUGUGGACUUCACCUGGGAGGAGUGGCAGGACCUGGACGAUGCUCAGAGGACCCUCUACAGGGACGUGAUGCUGGAGACCUACAGCAGCCUGGUGUUCUUGGGGCUUUUCAUUACCAGACCUGAAGUUAUUUUCAAGUUGGAGCAAGGAACAGAGCCAUGGCUGGUUAAAGAAGCCCUGGACCGGUGCCUUCCAGAUGUGCAGAUAGCUGAUGAUGUGGUUGAGAACAGCCAAGAAAAUCACGGUAGACACUUGUGGCAAGUUGUUGUCAACAGCAGCAUAUCAGCUAUGGAGAGACUUGAAUUAGGAAAGGCAUUUCAUUUGAGUUCAAAAUGUAUUUCAAAUCUGAUAGUAAAUAAUGGGAAUUCUUCAGUAAUGAGACCUCAGGAGUUGGAUGUGUACCAACUCAUGCCUUUCCCUGGAGGGCCUGUUGUGAGAUGUGCAGCAGAGAAGCCUGGUGCCCACGAGGUGCCCUGGAAGGCCCUCACACACAGUGAACUCCUCAGUCAGAGCCACAAGGCCCAGGCUGGGCAGCAGCAUCUGGAAGGUGGGGGACAAGGGAGUGCCCUCAGCACAGAGAGGGGCAGCAUGGCAGGGACCUGUAUGCACAGUGAGUGUGGGAACAGCUGUGUGUCUCCCCAGGCAGGGAGGAAACCCUUCACAUGUGGUCUGUGUGGCAAGACUUACUCCAGAGCAUCUGCCCUUGCUGACCAUCAGAAAAAGCACACAGGAGAGAAGCCCUACAAGUGCAGCAGAUGUGACAAGUCCUUCUUUGUUAGAUCUGUUCUUAGAGACCACCAGAGAACACACACUGGGGAGAGGCCCUACACAUGCAGCAGCUGUGACAAGUCCUUCUGCCAUCGUUCGGCCCUCAUUACGCACCAGAGGAUCCACACUGGGGAGAGGCCCUAUGAAUGCUGUGAAUGUGGGAAGGCCUUCCGAAGGAAGUCGGCGCUCAUCAUCCAUCGCAGGAUUCACACAGGAGAGAAGCCCUAUGAGUGUGAGGUGUGCAAGAAAGCCUUCUGUCAGAAGUCAGUCCUCAGCUUACAUCAAAGGACUCACACAGAAGAAAAGCCCCACGAGUGUGACCAGUGUGGAAAAGCCUUCUGCCGGAAGUCGGCCCUUACCAUCCAUCAGAGGAUUCACACGGGAGAGAAGCCCUACGAGUGUGCACAGUGCAAGAAGACCUUCUGUCAGAAGGCAGGCCUCACUCUGCACCAGAGGACUCACACAGAAGGAAAGCCCCAUGAGUGUGACCAGUGUGGAAAGACGUUUUUCCUGAAGUCGGGUCUCGUCAUGCAUCACAGGACUCACACGGGGGAGAAACCCUUCAAAUGCAGUGAGUGUGGAAAGGCCUUUUCCCAGAAGACCCACCUCCGGAGGCACCAGAGCAUGCAUACCGGGGAGAAGCCCCACACAUGUGCCCAGUGUGGGAAAGCCUACUUUCAUAAGUUGGAUCUCACCAAACACCUGCGGAUUCACACUGGCGAGAAGCCCCACGUGUGUGCUCAGUGUGGGAAAGCUUUUCGCAUGAAGUCCUACCUCCACGUGCAUCAGAGAACACACACUGGGGAGAGGCCGUACAAGUGCAGCAGGUGUGGGAAAGCCUUUCGCCGCAAGUCACAUCUCAGCAGUCAUCAGAAGACUCACCUGGGAGCUGCUCAGCAUGGUGGAGACUGGCUGUGUAUGCUACAGAGAGCCCCGUCUGUUCUCUAGCUCACCUGCCCACCCCUGCCUCUGCUUGCUGUGGGAAGAGCCUGCAGCUGCCUGGGUCCAUGCGGUGUAGACACAAGGGACCAAUGUUGCUUCCGGGUCAGAUAACAGACAUUCCCUGUGACGCUGCCUGAGUUCUUGAGUCCCAUGAUACCCAGAGUGGCCCUGAGAAAUCUUGUUAGAGAAGGUGACUGUGACCAAGAGAGAAGGAGUUGCCUGAAGAAAUCAGAUGGCUUCUCCUCUCUCUUUCCAAGCCUCCAUUUAUACCUCAUAGGAGUGAGAAAUAAAUCCUCCUCUGUUGAGCCAUUUUUUGUGUGAUCUGUUUGCAUUACAACCCACUGAGGCACAUUCCCUGUACAAGCUUUUGAGAGAAGUUUUUCAGCCCUUGUUAUGAAAUUCACACAGAAACCUGU